GAGUCGCAUUCUGUUUUCUUUUCGAUUGAUAUCGUUCAAGUCUUAUCUUUCCAAAAGGGAAAUAUGCCAGAGAAUGGAAGGCACUCGCGACUGCUUUCGACGUCUUCUACUGUUAGUGAAUCCGGUGUGGGACUCGAUAACAUUGCCAAUGCGAAGUCUUCAAUGAUUGAAAUUCCUCACAUUGCCUCCAGAACCAUUCCUGGCAUACUCAGUAAACACAACAAGAAGGCCUUGGACUGGGGUCCCCAUGGGCUUCUGGCUUAUGGUUGUAACUUUGUGGUGGUGAUCGUCGAUCCGGCUGCCGUUCAACACAUUCAAUGCCUCAACAAGCACAAAGCCGCUGUUACUCGAGUGAAAUGGCAGAACAAUCGGAAAUGCACAUCGUUGACGAAUCCGAGCAGAAUGCUGCUUGCUUCCUGCGACUCCUUAGGCAACAUUUUGGUGUGGGAUGCCCAUUCGAUCUCUCCCGUGAUGGCCAUGCAAGAUGGAAACAAACCUAUAUUAGCUCUGGAGUGGGUCCCACAUUUUGAUGAGACUGAGAAUCUAAUUGCUGCUUUGCAUCCUCCGUACUCCGUCGUUGUAUGGGAUGCCUUAUCGGGAAACAAAAUCUGGAAGAAAUCUUAUACGGAGCAAUUGAUCGGGAUGGAUUUUGACCCUUUUUCGGCUGCACGGCUGGCUUCUAGACCUGGUGUAGUGCUGCAUCGUGACCACUGCGGCGGAGAUAAAAACACUAAAGUUUGGUGCUCCAAGGCAGGCCAAGGACAAGAGAGAGAGGAAUACAUUAAAAAUCCUGCUGGGCAACCUAGAGACUCUCAGGAAGAAAUAGACAAGUGGGAAAAAGUGAAACAAGAAACUGAAUUGUUGCUCCAAGAAAAUUGGAUUGCUGAUCUAAGAAACAAAAUUGAAGAAGAAAAUUCAGCAGAAGCAGAUUCAAAGAUUGAAAGAAAGCUAGAAAAAUUGAGAGAAGAGAGUGAGCAUAGUGACAACUUCAAGGCAACACUCAAUAGACAAAUUGAAAAAGCUCAAGCCAUAUUACAACCAGCAUUCAAUGAUGAAAACCUGGAUGCUGAAAGUGAAGAAGAAAUGAGGAACUUAUUUGUGGCGCGAGAAAGACUGGAUGAGUUGAUAUUUGUUGCAAAACUUGAAAUGGAGCAACUCAAUGAAUCGGCGAUUGUGAAAACAAGAGAGAAGGAAAUUGUGCAAGCUUGCGGAAAAGGUGAAAAACGCGGAGAAACAGAAAGAGGUGCAGCUCGCGAAAUCCAGCCCCAUGAACUCUUGAAAAUGGCUGAGAGGAACUUUGGGAACUGUGAAAGUGAGCCCCAUCUGGAUGGAAGCAGUGAUGGAACAGUUAAAGCUUUAGCCAGAGCAUUGGGAGAUGUUGCCCUGCGUCCACAAAUUGAGAUUCAGCGAUUUGAAGGUGACACUACCGAGUUUCAACCCUUUCUGCAAAUGCUUCAAGAAUUGACCCAGACAAUCAAUUCCGACAUACAAAGGUUCGUGCUGCUCAAAAGUUAUCUACGCGGUGAACCCCUGACCCUGAUAUCAAACAUCAACAUGGAUAAUGGAGCUUAUAAAAUGGCACUCUCAAUCUUGAAAGAAGAAUAUGGGUCUCCUCAUAAAAUUAUCAGGGAUCUGACUGGAAGAUUGAAAGAAGUACCCACAGUAAAAAUGAAUGCUGCUAAGGAACUGAGGGAUUUAUCAAACAGGAUUGAUUCAAUUGCAAGAACUUUGAGGGAAAAUGGAAUGAGGGCUGAUUUGGAAAGUAUUCUUCUUAUGGACCUAGUCAAGACAAAAAUUCCAAUGCCAUUGCAAACAAAAUGGAACCAAAUGCAAAGGGAAAAUAGAACCCCAAGGGCACCAAGUACACUGGAAUCAUUUGCAAUGUUCCUGAGAUACAUUCUAAUGGACUGGAGGGAAUCAGUGAAUGAGCCAGAGAAGGAGAAAAAGCAAUCAGCUCCUACUAACAAAGAAUUUCGCACCAAUCAAGCUAAGAGAGGGCAAAAGAGAGAAGAUGCUAAUUUUGUGAAGUAA